AUGGUGAUGCAGCGUCAGAGUUGGGUCUUCUCUACCAUAUUGGAAUAUCCUAAAGCCUUUGCUCAACGCGAACGAAAGGAAAACGCUAUAGGACUUGAUAUGUACGCCCUGACCUGCCGUCACCAGCCAGCAGCACCUGUCGAUUUCGACGCCGACGAAGACGCAGUCCUCCUCCAUGGCUGGCGCAAGCACCCGAACCUGCAGGGUUGGAUGGAACGGCUCUACCGCGAGAAGGGUGGCGUCCAUAAGUACUUUAAUAACGUCAACCUUAUGCUGACUACUGAAGACCUCGACCAACUGGAGGCCGACGUCCGGGCACGCAGGCUGCCACACACGGAAGGCUUUUUCUUCGGCGUAAGCACCAGCGAGGAUGAGGAAGACGACCUCCUGUUCAUCACCAAGGCGCGUGAAGCGCUGAAGGCAGGGUUGUUCGUGUUCUACGACUCUUGGUGGUAG